AUGAUGGAGAGCACCGACGACGCUCGGGAACUGCUACUCAACGACGAGCAGGCGGUUGUCAACUUGCUAUGCACGCAGAUAGAUCGCUGUGUCUCGCAUGGUCUACGUCUACUAGAAGCUGACGAAUCAAGCAACGGAGCUACCGUCAAGUUCUUUGGCGUCGUCAAGUGGACUUGCACUCGGAUGGAAGCCAUUCGCCAAAAGCAAAUGGUGGAAGCCAUGCAUCGCGCUGCUGCCACAGCUCCAAAGGGCGUAACGUCGUCUACAAACAGCAAAGUGUGCGAGGUCGUGACUUCCAGUGUCGAAGCGGAUCUCCCUCGUCACGUUCGCGGUUUAGUAGGCGCAGUCCGUUCAGCCGUUGGCCUCACGAACGUGCACACGGACGAAGGCAAAACACGAGCGUUCGUCCGUCAAGCACUCAACACACACGUGUUGCAGUCCAGUCUCAGUAUGGUGUUAUCGGAGACCAAUCUCGACCUUUUGGCCUCAUAUUACACCGAGUUCGCUCUGUUUCGUCAGCGUGACGAGGUGAAAAUGUUCCUCAAUCUCCUCGCUGGACUCGAUAGCCUCCCAUUUGCGUUCUUAAUCGACGACCCUCGACUGGAUCUAGCUCCGGAAACGUUGCCCUUCUCUCGCCCGUUACCUCGUCCGAAGGCGCGCAAGAUCAAGAAGCAAGCACCUAAGCUCAUCGAUCCGGAAGAUAUGGUCAGUGGACGUGUGCGUCUUUGUGAGGCGGACGACGAGACGGAGAUGUUGGCUGAGAAACUGGUUUCGCACCAUGAAUUGCGUCUGGCAUUUGACACGCGGAAAGGUGGCAACCCCUUGUCCGAGACAUUGAGACAAGCUGCUCAGUCCCAGAAGAUGGAGGACGCGGCCACUGCAGUUCUUCGCUUCUUGGAACUGGGAUAUCCAGAGUACGAUGUGUUCGGUAGCGACUUGCUCGAUGUAUUGUGCAAUCCGUUCUUGAGUGGAAUGGCUCGCUUCGAGACUGCGCUGGGGCUUCCUGACGUCGCUGAAGCCUGCUUUUGUUAUCUAUACGAGCACGUGGACUCGCCUGGCUUGUUUCAAGCACAUUUGCAAGCCGAUCAUGUUAUGGAACUGCGUGAUACGAUUGAGGAACUCGGUGGCUUCCAUCGGAAAAUGGCAGUGGAUCCUCACGAAGUUGUGGCGAUUCUGCUUCAAUAUUUGUGGGAGCUGCCGGAUCCUCUGCUUACAGAAGAAAGAUUGGACAGAUUCUUGGUUUGUGCUGGUCGUCCUGGUAGCGGGAUGACCGAAGAGGAAUGUAAGGCGCUGCUUGUGGUUCUAGUCAACGAUUUGCCGUGGUAUUGUAAGCCUCUACUGGAACGGCUGUGUCACUGGGUGUCGGUGGCGCUACAACCACGUCAUGCUGAGAAGAACGGGCUUACUUCUUAUGCGAUUGCGAACUGCUUGGCUCCUCUUCUGCUACGAGGACGACACAGCGAACGCUUCCACGAGUUUGAAGACUCGAUCUACCGUAAAUAUCCUGUCGGGUAUCAACAUCGGACUUCGGUUCGCUCGCGCUUGAUGCCGGAUGAGGACGACUACUUGUCGACAUUCCCCGGUAACAGCUUGGGUCUUCCGUCUGAUGCGCGUGAGGUGCGACACAAAACGCGUGACGCUGAAGAAGCUGUCCAAGUUGUUGCAAUGCUGUUCAGAGAGCAACAAAUUGUGCUCCAUGACUUCCGAGCUGAGCUCUGCUCACGUCGCACUCAGUUACGUGACAAGUUGCGACGUCUGGAAACUCUCCGCUUCGGUAUGGAGGAGCCAUUGGAUACGACAAACGAGAACCAUGUCGCUAUGUUAAAACGACUAUGGGACGCUCUGCUAGUACCGGAGAGUGAAGAAAGCGACGCAGUGUUGUCGGCUUCGAGUACUAGCGAGAGUGAAGUCGGCGGUGUUGACGUCGCUGCGAUGCUGGCUUCUCCUCGCUGGAAAUGCAGUGGAUUCCACACAGAUAACCCUCUCGGUGGCUUCCGUGGCGGAGGUGUGUUAGCGCUUGAGUGUCUUGUUGACUUCGUGGAAGAAUACCCUGAAAAAGCGCGUGCGAUGAUGGAGCGAAAUGCCGUCGCAGGAGGCAACCGCUAUCCGUUCCCAGUGGCGAGUAUCAAUGUCAUGCGAAUGAUGAUGCACUUGUUGAUGCUUGACGAGGCGCCUGAUGUGUGCACCAAACUCGUUUUGCACUCGGUGGAGACGGACGGGGACACUUCUCCAGCUGUUGUGAUGAAGUUGCGUGUUGCUGAACGUGUCAGUCGGACGCCGUUCUGGCGAGUGUUUGACGACUCGAAGGCUUUUUUUAAGUUGCACGCCAUGGCUUUCAUGUUGCUGGAUUUACACUGGGUGCACUCUGGAGCGACGCAAAUGGGAUUCCAGCCUGUGCUUGAUGCCACAAGACGACAAAUGGGCUGGCUACUGGAACAAGCCCCGAUCUCAGUCGAGGAGAUGUGGACGACGUGGAUGAAAGUGCGAGAGCUGGACGCGACCAAGUUCACGGGACCCACGAACUUUGACUCGAGUGCUGUGACGUCGCCGACCUCAUCGGCUUCGUCUGCACUGGAAAAUGAACUCGUAGCGCAACAAAUGACUCGCAACUUGUCGCAAAAAAUCGACGACGACGAAGCCGAGCGGCCACAUGAGGCCACUUUAACCGUCUCACCUGCUGCUGGAUAGUGUUUUACUUUUUUUCAAGUUUGACAUUUACCAAAAUUCA